GCAGAGCUGGAUGUGGAGCAGCGCUGAGAUAAGAGCUCGCCCGGAGCAAAGGUGCAAAGCCGGGGGGGGGACCCGAGGAUGCUGCGGGGACUGGCAAAUGUGAAAGGCUUCAUCUGGGGAAGGAAGAGGUUGGGGAGUGGUGGAGGUGGGGGAAGAAAGGGGGUAGGCGUGCAGGCAUUUUGCAGAAGUAAAGUUGGAUAAUUGAAGGAAAAAAAAAAAGUGUUGAAUUUGGUUGUUGUCAGUGUUUCUAAGGAGCUCGUAGCAUACUUUCUAUGUCAGAUAGGUUGAACUAUUUAUAUAUUCACAUGUGUAGAACACCUACAUGCAUGCAAAACGAUACACGGGAUAUAGCCUAUAUAUGUAUUCUUAUGCAGAAGGUUGAGUCAAGAGAUAAGCAAUAGUGGUAGAGGUCAGUGGCCAGGGAGAGAAGUCGUGUCACUGCUGCAAUAAAAUCCAUAUUUUAUGGAGAGUUAAAUGCAGUACUUUGUAAGUGCAAGUGGGUGGUCACCUAAAUAACUCCUGAUGACAUUCAAGGAUCAAGAAGUUUUAUGACCAGAAUUUCUCCUGGCACAGAGGCUACUUUUGAACGAACUGAGAGGAUGGGGUAUCUUUUUCCUUGCACUUCUGCAUGACGUGAGAUUUUAAAGUUCUGAUAGCACUGCAUGGGGAGAUUGUGUAGAAGAAUUUACUCACCUAGUAUAAAGUCAGUCCUUUCUCCAAACUGACAGCUCUUCAAGCACAGCUGGAACAGAGAGGAUUGGAUGGCUGUUGCUGUUAGUCCAGGACUUGGCAAGGGUAGUACAUGCAUCCACACGUGUACUUCAUGAACUGUGUGCAUAGGCACAUGCGCGACGAGGGCAGUAUGAUGAGAGCAAGGUUAUUUUCAUUUCCUUUUGUCAUUGUACCCAUGUGUAAUAGCGCCCUGGAAAUAACGUAAUUCCAAGGGAAUAAAACUGCUUGAGUGCGCAGACCUCUUUGGUUUUAAUCAAAAUAGACAUAACUCUCCCCGUCAAGAUAAAGGCUUAUCUCAUGUAUUUGCUGAGCUGAAAUCUCUAUUAUGCAGUCAGUUCUGUGCAAAAGUGCUUGCAUAUUACCUAAAGCAUUCCAUAAAAUUGAUUAACAUCUGUUCCUGAGCAAUAUAAUGCUAUGGGUAAUGGUGCAUCCCUAUUCAUUUCUUUCUUUCUAAUUCUUGUUUGAAGGCAAUAAGUUUGCAUGUCACAAGAUAGUCAGGUUGAGCUUGGAGGCUUCUGAUCAAGUAGAUUCCUUUACCAUGGAUAUACACAGUUUUAGAGGCCUGGCAGCAACGGCACAAUUGGAUAGCUCCUUUAAACAGCCCAAACAUGCUAAUAAAGACUGCAGGGCUGAAUCCCUUUUUCCUCUGCGGUCUCCUCUUUUCAGAUGUUAUCCGACACAGCACCGGUAAAUAUAUAAUCUCCUGUGCUUCUGGCUUUCAGCUGCACUAUAAUCUUUCUGGACAUAUUUCUAGUGGCUUGCAGUUGACUUUUAAGGUGGGGGAGGUGGAGGAGGCAGGCAGCCGGUCUUUUCCGAGCAGCAUAAUCAGAGGCAGCAAUGCUCAUUUAUUUAUUUAUUUAUUUUUCCCAGGGAAAGUGGCAUUGAUUCAGGCCUGUUGUAGUUGUCUGCAAUUAUCCUUUGCAGCCAUCUAAGGACCUAGCAAACUGGGGUCCCCAUGGGGACUUAUUAGUCUCUCUAGGUAUUUUAGCUUUCACACCAAUUCAAAGCUCCUACAUAUCGCCAUGCCAGCGAUACAUAGAUAUGGUCGUCAUUUUCCAGCCAAGUUGUUCAGCCAGAAAUAUAUAUUAUAACUUCUGGCUCUUUGCUCUCUCCCUCCCUUGCACAGCAUUCCCAUGCAGGCGGUAACCUGCCGCUCAAGGCAGCUUCUCCUUUCGGAAAGUUUGCGUUUUGCCAUCUGCUGUUUCAAAAAUAUUUAGUUGAGAGACUUCCUUGAAAGCAAAACACAUGCAUUAAAAAAAACGUUGUGUUUUGUUUUUUUUUUUCCUCCUUUCUGCUGAAGAUCUUGAAACUGCUGUAAACUUGAUAGAAGUUCUGGCUGUGUUCCCCGGCUGCAGUCCUGCCUGCACUGCUGUGCUCAGUGCGCUGCCCAGAGCAUGCUGGGCUCCUGGGCAGGACCCUCCCUGAGCGCUCUCUCCCCUCACAUCUGCUCCAGAAAUUUUGCUUUGACUGAAGAUUGCAGCAUACCAAUCUACUUGAUGUUAGCAGAUCCCUGCAAUAUUUGGGGGUUUGGAAGGAUUCGCUGUUGGGUUUUCCAGUGGAUGCCUGUGCUCUCUGCAGUAGUCAUGCAGAUGUAGAGGGCAUUGACAUUCAUCCAUGGUUAUAUGGUGGGAUCCGUCUCCUACUUAACUUUUUACUGUGCCUCCUGCCCUUUGUUGACUACUUUUAAGCUAUGCUUAGUUGCUAGUGCGAUCUUGUAGCGUUAUGGUUCAAGAUGAGGAGGAAAUUGCUUAUGGAUCUCCUUGGAAAUGCUGUCUAAUUACUAAAAUGAAAGGUAGCUGAAAUCUAUAAAAAUGAGUGGGUAGAAUCUGCUGGAAGCAGCAGGCCCCACCGCGAUGGUGUCUCAUCGCGCGUAAUGGUUGCAAUUCCUCUGGUGGCUCUGUUGCAAUUACACCAGAAUAAAGCAGAAUUGGUUUUCAGUAUCUUUUGAUUAUCGUGCCCGUGCGGGAAGUGCCACGGAGGGGCCCUGUGCUGGGAGCUGAGUGUCAGGGAGACUUCUUAAUUAACCCUUUCAAGAUACUGCAAGCUGCACACACUGUGCUGCUUUCUUCAAAGGCUUUGAGUCAUUGGGGGUGAGGGGGGGUUGCUUAUUUUUUCUUUUUCUUUUCUUUUUUUCUAAAUAAUUACUUUGGUUCCCAAUGCUUAGAAACAAGGCAGACAAAUGUCAUCAUCCUCACUGCCACUGGGGCCAAACUCAGGUCCUCUCUAAAUAGAAACCUCUGAAGCGAGCCCCAUAUCUUGCGCAUGAAGUUCCGUGUGCUGCUGAACCCAAUCUCUUCUGCAGACUCAGUGCAGGGUUCAAGUUGCAGUAUAAAUGCCUAAAUGUGCACCAGUGGAGAUAAAAAAAAAAAAAAACAGCAGCAGUUGGUUUGCUUUGCUGCUUGCUUAGUCAUGGCAGCCCUUCCAAGGGGUCUGCAGAAAUUAGGCACUCUGAGGAGGAAGAUCUUACGGCAUCUCAGCUUGCUUCAUUCGGGAUGGAGAAAGAGGAGACAUAGAAGAGAUGUUUUGUGUAAUUAAACUCAGCUGCUAUCUGCCUUUAUUUGCUUAACAAAAGGUACAGGGCAGAUUAUUAGUCCCUGUUUGAGGUUUAAAGACAUCCUUGAAGAAUACAUAAUAAAUGCAAAACACCAGCAGUCUUACACUAAGCAGGGGGGUGGCAGAAAAAGUCAUCCUCUCUGUUUGUAUUGUGAGUGACGCUGCAGGAGAGCUAGAUGGAAGAAGUGCUGCAUAAAAGCAUUUUCUAAGUUUGGGUUUUGUUUUUUUUUAAGUGCUCCUCUUCACAUCCAUAUCCAUCUGGGUUCUUCUUGUGGCACAUCCCACCCCAAGAGCUUCUCUCAUCAUCCCCCCAAGUACUGUCCAGCAUCUGCCAGGGGUCCAUCUAGCAUUGAGUUCCUGAGCUUCUGCAGGCACUGCUGUGCGUUCUGAUCCUGAUCACUUGCCAGUAGCUUCCCCUCCCCAGAACAGACAGUGCUAUUUUACCUUGCACCCAUGACCAUCCCCUGUACUUAAUCCAGGUGUGGCCAGCUGCCAGCAUCUUCUCUGGCUUUAUUUAUUUUCCUGGCUGUCUGCUUGGCAUUGAAAGGCCCAAACAAAUAUUGUGGAGGUUUGUAUUUAUGCUUUUGUUUGUUAACAGGAACAUUCCCUGAAGAAAUUAGGAUAACUGUAGAUCAGGACUCUUUUGAGUGGUGUCCUCCCCAGGUUACAGGGCUGGAGCUCUAAAAAGAAGCUGGAAGCAAUGCAGUGAUUGCUUCACUGUGAUAGUGCCAAAGCACCUGAAACUGCUGAAACAUCCACCCUCACACUUGUACUGCUCUGUCUUUCUUCACACCCAGCCCCAGGACGCUCUCCUCAUGCUGUCCCUCAUGCCAAGCACACAACACAAAGAGCAUAUACAUUUCCAUCUGGUCGCAUUCAGGAACGGUGCCAGCCUUGCUGUGUUUUAAGUAACCUGCUCAAUCAUGGCUUCAUUUUGGCACUGUGGGCAGAUAUUUUAUGGAUUGAUCAGCCUGCCUUGCCAGGAUAUGCAUAUAUCCAUAUAUUCAAAAAGUGCUUUGUUAUAGUCAGAAUAUUACUAUUAGAUUUGAUUUGCAACAUAAAUAUCCAUUGUAUCCCCACAGCUCUUCUCUAAUGACAUACCGCAGUACACAGAGAUCACUUUAUGAAUGGCAUCGGUCCUGUGCUAUCUGGGUACCUUAAUUCCUCUCAGUUAAACUAAUUCUAUUAUCUUGCUGUAAUGUUUACAGUUGCCUGAGAGAUGAUAAGUAGUGUUUCUUUCCAGCAUUCCCGCUUCUGUGUCUAAUCUCAGAACUAGAGUAGGAGCACCCAGGAGAGGGGUCAGCAGGAAUUGGAAAUUAGCACUGAAAUUAAAUGUGAGUCACAUUUCUCCAGGUACUGCAGGUGCAUGCUUACCUGGGUGUGAGGCAGAGCCACUUCCUCCCUAACUGCUGCAUCUCCAUUGUCAGCCAGUUGUUCCAGUAUGCACAAAGACUGCUUUAUCAACAUAAUUGUUAGCAUCUAGCUCUGCUUUAGUAGGACUAGACUCAAAGAAAUGUUCGCCUCUGAUGGUAACCCCGUGUUGGGUUCUUGAAGGUGGCAGGACUCCAAGUCUGUUCUGCACAUGGGUUGGUCUGGUGGUGGGAGAACCACGUGUGUCUGUGUGUCCAUGCUGGGUGCUGGCAACAAGGAGCAUGAAGGCUGGUCUUGGCAUCACUGCUCUUGCCAAGGGAGAGCCUUUUUACUUCAAAGAAAACCCACGUCCUCCUCCCUCUUCCUCCUAGUUCUACUGCAUUAACAAAAAUAACAAUUAAAAGCACAGUUGCUUUAUGUUUUGCCCUAAGCAUUCAGGUGAAAACAGUUUCCUUGCUGAAUUAAUUAUCUUUGAGUGCCUUGUGGUUUGCAACUUCAGGGUGUCAUUAGUCUGGCAAUCAUUAUUUGACAAAAGCAUCUUCACAGACAAAAAGAAAGUGAAAUAGCUCCUAGUAUCAUGUCAGAAAAAUAUCAAUCAUUGUGAGAUGCUGCAUGGACAUUUGGUGGUCUUGCUUCACAUAAGAGACAAGGCGUCAUUGAUCUGCAUGGGGCAGUCACUCAAAAUCUGUUAAGUAUUCCACCAUUUCUAAAAUAUUUCUUCACCAUGCAGACCCCAGUGAAGCUGGCCUCUGUAUUUUGCCUCAUUUUGCAGAGGGCAGGAUGCAAAUCACAGUGGAGAUGUGUGACUUGCCCAAGGUCACACAAGGAGUCAGUAGCACAGCAGGGAUGCUGAACUCAGACCUACAGCGAGGACUGCUUGCAGCCAAGCCUCCUGCCUCUCUGCUGCUUGCUCCAGUUGUUGGAGCUGAUCAAAAAAUGGAUGGAAAAAGAUCAGAUUUGGGUCUCCUUUUUUUUUUUUUUUUUUUUUUUCAUCCAGAAAAAAGACAAUUAUUUUUCUCAAGGACUCUUUGGAGCUGCUUUGACACUCUCUCCUCAAAGGACUUUCUGGAUGUCUUUUGCCUGUUUGUUCAGUCAUGUUCUGCGUGGAGGGAAGGGGAGAGGCUGGGUAGAUCCAGAGCAGUCCAGGAUAAGACUGACUAUUUCAUUCUCAGGGGAUGGUAAUCUGAGAUCUCCCUAAGCAAGGUGGAGAUGACCUUCCGCUCAGUGUUGGUCUGGUUGAAGCAGCCAUGGAAAUUCUUCACAGUUCUGUGCCUUGUCCAUUUCCACCUGCUUAUGCCUGCAGGAGAAAAGGGGAUAAAGAAGUCUCAAAAAAGGUUGCUGGUUCUGCAUGCUGCUGCCCAUGGAUUGGGGCAGCCAGAGGUCACUCUUCCCACUCUCGUUCACCUCCAUCCCUAUAGGAAUCCAUUUCAAAGCACUCCUGCUUUGUAAACAUCUAAGAAGUAGCAUUCCUAGUGCAUAGCUACAAAGGUGAGCCAGAGAAAAGUUUCUUGGGUAAGGACAUGGCAUACACCAUACCUCUGUCAUGGGUAUCAAUCCUGGUGUAAAUAAAGAGAGAGAGAAUUAGGAAAACAUUAAGAAAAAACCCCAACAUUGCAUUGAAUUUCCAAAUUAUAUGGUGGGGUUAGGUCCAAGUCCAAACUGCUGUGCUCUAAUGUUUUUAGAGCUGGCCUCACAAACUGAGCGACUGUGGUAAGGAUGCAAGAGAGCCUAUUUCCUCAUUUUCACAGUACGAAAAGUGCUCUGGGAGAUCACAGAGCAGGAAUAUAGAGAGCUAGAAUCCCUUUCAGGGAGCAAAUUCCUUUUGUGAAAUUGGUGCUCAAUUUAGCUGUCACUGCUGAAAGGGAAAAAGAUGCAGAAGCAACUUUUAAGUCCACCAGCCACAUCCCUUUAAGCAAUCCAUGCUGUGCCAACCAGUUUUAUAAAACUCUGUAUUUCAUCUAAACUCCAUUUAAGUCUAAACAAUAUGGAUGUCCUGCUACUGCAUUUCCCUUCUCAACGCUGGUAAUUGCCAAGUUAUUUCUGCUAUAAACAAAGCAGCGUUCUUCUCUCUCUCUGCUUAAUCAUACCUGGUCCCAGAGCAGAAAGUUGUUAAAGACGUUUACUUUUAAACAGAGCAAUACACUGCACCAAAGUCCACAAGACUGUUUUGAUACUUAAGUGCUUUCCUGGAUCAGGAUGAGGAUGUCAGGAUCUUGUAAUGCAGUGUUUACAGCAAAUUCAGAGCUGACCAAACAGCGACCUCCAAAAAUUUGUCUAUUUGGUGUUUCUAAGCACUAGACUAGGAAAAGCAGGGACGGAAACAAUCAAGUAAGGAAUGGUCAUCAUUUGCCUUUGAAUCCCCUUCAGUAUAAUGGAGUCCUGGCUCAUAUGCACAGCAUGGAGCUGCAUUCCCCGCUGUGCCUCUUCUUCCACCAGUGGCUGGGAGCAGUUGCAGAGGGAUGCAGCACAGGGAUACCAGAACAUUGCAGGGGUGCUGCACCUCUAAGGGCAACUCUUAGCUCAAGCUAUUCCUUCAGGUGCUUGUGUCUUCAGGUCUGUUCUCAAGGUAAAAGCAGUGCAUGCUAAUCUGAGGGGAAAGUGCUGGCCCACUGUACCUUAUUUAUUAAUAUUUACAGCCAUCAGCACAAUUCCACAGACAAUCUAAUCUCAAGCAGCUUUUGAAAUUCAGUGCUUUUCAGAGCACUGCUUCCCAUCAGAAACAGAACUGUGCACUCUGAUCUGUAGAAAGGACUUGUCUUCCUCUUAAAAAAAAAAAAAAAAAGAAAAAAGAGAGGCUCCUUUUCUCAACACAGAAUUUAUAUUGUUAUUAAAUGAAAUGUAUUAUCAUAUUUUAGCAUUUUAAGCUGUCUUUUACAGGAUUUCUAAAACUGCUCCUCAUUAAUCUCCUGCAAUCCAUUUGUCAGAUAUCUCAAAGCUAUUUGAUAUCACAGUUACUUCAAGGUAUGAUAGAGUUUUCCUUAGCAACAGGUUGUAAUUUCAACCAGGCUGGUAAAUGUGAGGUCAGAAGCUGGUUGUCACAAAUCUAGGUUAAGAUAUACUGCACGUUCUUCCUUCCUGUUGAAAUACCAUCCUGAAUCUUGGAGGAGUGAAAGUAAAUACUGGGGUUACUCGGGGACAGCUUUUGUCCACUUGAAAUGGCUUGUUUAAUUAAGCAUAUUUUGUGUUUAUUACAGAGGUAUUUAUCUUUGGCCAAACUGGCAUCAAAACCUGCCUUCACGUGGUGCAGGCCUUCAGAUGCAGAUUCAGUUUCGAGCCCUUGCCCCGGCCAGUAUCUGUUACUUCUCCAUGGCUCUGGGUCACAGGGAACAGAGCUGCUGUGGCAGUGAUGCUGCCUGACAAGGGAGGGAGAUUCCAGCAGCCCUCCUGACCUGAGCAGGCAUAUGGAAAUCUUCCUUCUGGAGGCCAACCCUGGAAUGGUGGGCACACAGGCUUGGAUGGCUACCAGAGAUCCCAGCUUCAAGAUCCUCUGAGACUGCAAAGACUACUUAAAGAACGAAGACGGCAUGAGAUUGGAUUUGAUCCAGUAAAAUAGGUUAGCUUGAGGACAAGAAAAACAGUUGCUAUUUAGAUCUUCUCUUGUUGCCGUGAUGAGAACUUACCAUUGCUUCUGGUUGCUGUUUUGGGCUGGCCAGCCCCACCAAAGUUUUUUAACUUUGCUGUCCAAAAGGACUAGUGGCUUUCCAGAGAAGGAAAAGGUUUUGGUAUUGUCUGGAAACAGCAGGAGAGACCUCAGUCGUUCCAAAAGGAGUUGGAUGUGGAAUCAGUUCUUUUUACUGGAAGAAUAUACAGGAACUGACUAUCAGUAUGUUGGCAAGCUGCAUUCAGACCAGGAUAAAGGAGAUGGAUCACUUAAGUACAUCCUUUCUGGAGAUGGAGCAGGAGACCUCUUCAUUAUCAAUGAAAACACUGGUGACAUCCAAGCCACAAAGAGACUAGACAGAGAAGAAAAGCCUGUGUACAUACUUCGUGCCCAGGCUAUAAACCGAAGAACUGGAAGACCAGUGGAACCAGAAUCUGAGUUCAUCAUCAAGAUCCAUGAUAUCAACGACAAUGAGCCAAUGUUUACAAAGGACGUUUACAAUGCCAGCAUUCCAGAAAUGUCAGAUGUUGGUACCUUUGUUGUGCAAGUCACUGCAACUGAUGCCGAUGAUCCUACAUAUGGGAACAGCGCUAAAGUUGUCUACAGCAUUCUCCAGGGACAACCAUAUUUCUCUGUAGAAUCUGAGACAGGUAUUAUUAAAACUGCUUUGCUAAACAUGGACCGUGAAAACAGGGAGCAAUAUCAAGUGGUCAUCCAAGCUAAGGACAUGGGAGGCCAGAUGGGCGGAUUAUCAGGAACCACCACUGUGAACAUCACACUGACCGACGUAAAUGACAAUCCUCCUCGGUUCCCCCAGAGCACCUACCAAUUCAGAGCUCCUGAGUCUACGCCACCUGACUCACCAAUUGGCAGGAUUAAAGCUAAUGAUGCAGAUGUGGAUGAAAAUGCAGAGAUUGAAUACAGCAUCACUGAGGGGGAUGGAUAUGACAUGUUUGGAAUUACCACAGACAAGGACACACAGGAAGGAAUUAUAACUGUCAAAAAGGCACUGGAUUUUGAAAAUAAAAACUUGUAUAUUCUGAAGGUGGAAGCCACCAAUACUCACGUGGACCCUCGAUUCCUCUACUUGGGGCCAUUCAAGGAUUCAGCCACAAUCAGAAUUCAAGUGGAAGAUGUAGAUGAACCCCCUGUGUUCAGCAGACCAGCAUAUAUAAUUGAAGUGAAAGAAGAUGUUCCAAUAAACAGUGUAAUAGGAACAGUAACAGCACAGGAUCCAGAUGCUGCCAAGAACCCUGUCAAGUAUUCUGUAGAUCGACACACUGAUAUGGACAGAGUAUUCAACAUCAACUCAGGAAAUGGUUCGAUAUUUACGUCAAAAACUCUUGACCGGGAAACAUUGCUAUGGCACAACAUUACAGUAAUAGCAGCAGAGAUCAACAACCCAAAACAAAGCAGCCGUGUCCCAGUGUUCAUUAAGGUUUUGGAUGUAAACGACAAUGCUCCAGAGUUUGCCAUGUUUUAUGAGACCUUUGUCUGUGAAAAUGCAAAGGCAGAACAGCUGAUACAAACAUUGAGUGCUGUUGAUAAAGAUGACUCUUACAGUGGACACCAGUUUUCAUUCAGCAUAGCUCCAGAGGCAGCCAGCAGCUCAAACUUUACACUCCAGGACAACAGAGACAACACAGCGGGGAUUUUCACCCGAAAAAUCAGAUAUAACCGGCAUGAAAUGAGUACCUACCUUUUGCCAGUGGUAAUAUCAGACAAUGACUACCCUAUCCAGAGCAGCACUGAAACAGUGACUAUUCGUGUAUGUGCUUGUGACCAUCGAGGAAAGAUGCUGUCCUGUAAUGCGGAAGCCUUGAUUCAUCCUACUGGUCUUAGCACUGGGGCUCUUAUUGCCAUUCUUCUCUGUAUCAUUAUAUUACUUGUUACAGUGGUGUUGUUUGCAGCACUGAGACGGCAAAGGAAAAAAGAGCCUUUGAUUAUUUCCAAAGAAGACAUCAGAGACAACAUUGUCAGUUAUAAUGAUGAAGGUGGUGGAGAGGAAGACACCCAGGCAUUUGAUAUCGGCACGCUGAGGAAUCCCGAAGCCAUAGAUGAUAAUAAAUUACGCAGAGACAUUGUGCCAGAAACGCUUUUUAUGCCACGGCGGACUGCAACAGCCCGAGAUAACACGGAUGUCAGAGAUUUCAUUAACCAAAGGUUAAAGGAGAAUGAUACAGACCCAGCAGCCCCCCCGUAUGACUCGUUAGCGACCUACGCAUACGAAGGUAAUGGUUCUGUGGCAGAGUCCCUCAGCUCUCUGGAGUCGGUGACUACAGACGGAGACCAGGACUAUGAUUACCUCAGUGACUGGGGGCCGCGGUUUAAAAAGUUGGCAGAUAUGUAUGGCUCAAUGGACAGUGACAAAGACUCUUAAUAUGUUGCCUUUUUUUUCCCUCCCGCAUUUUCAGAAACAGCAUUGAGAUACGUGAAGUGGCUAUUUCUUUCUAUUUCUCCACAGCUCUGUGAAAGGGUUCUCUGUUCAAACGGUUCCAGUUGUAUAAUGACUGCAGUCUGUGUGGAUCAGCUGUCAGAAAACUUUUUCUAGUAUCAUUUUAUGAGCUUCCAAGAGGCAAAGUUCUUAUUUUUUAGGGCAUCCAAGUUAAACAAGCCAACCUUACAGGCACAGCAGUGGUGGAGGGGAAAAAAAAAGAUCAGAUGGGGAGCAAUAUUUUUACUUGUUCUGCUUAUAUUGUAAAUCGGAGUAUAUUACUGUUUAAGCUCACUUGCUCUUUUUACUUGUAUUCAGAUUAUUCAGCUCAGACGACUGCUCUGUUGAUUGUGUAUUGCACAUCCCAAUGUAAUGAGGUACCCUAGUUUAACCUAUGUAUUAUAGUCAAAAGUAGUGGUGAUGGAAUGAAGGUUUAUUAUACAAAGUAGAGUCAGCUGAGAAAAAACAUCCAACACAUUUUACUCAUGAGGAGGUUAGGGAGGCCUAAUGGUCAUUUAAAUCUAAGUGUUUUUUUCAGAACUUGCCAUUGCCCCCAAUGCACUGAAUCAUAUUAACACACAUAUAUAUAGUUCAUUGACUGCUAUGUAUAUAUUCUUCUGACCUAGCAUUGCUGGAGAGAUGUGAGUGCAUGCAUGUGUGUGCAGUCAGUAGCCCCAGUAUCUUCUUAGAUGGCUUCUAGGAACCUAGACUCCGUAGCAGACCAUGACUCGGAGGAAGGAACAUAAAGUAACUGUGCUUUUCUUUGUACUUGCAAUGGCUUCCACAUACACAUCAGUGGUGAAGGCCACUGUGCUGGGUAGGCAGGACUCAGGCUUUUCAACUUCUGCCUGUUCCCAAGUGUAGGAGGGCUGUUGUAGCCCCAGGGUCAUCGCUACCCAUUGAGUCAAAAGAAGAAAUUGCAAAGGAGGAAGGAGAACUUCUAUGUCCUGAACUCCCCUGGUGGCAGCCCAGGGUGGCUUCUCACUGACUCUCUGCCCAAUUUUGCUAUCUGUAAAGUAGGGAAAUAAUGCCUACCUCAUCAGGAUGUUGCAAGAAUUAGAUAAGUCACUUGGAAAAUUCUUUACAGAUGAAAAAUACUGGCAUUCUGCCAGAGGAAGUAAUUUCUUCUGCUUUUUUUGCAUUUUUUUUUCUUCCCCCUUCAGAUUCAAGCCCUGAAUGCACAAAUAAGCAAAAAUCAAUUGUCAUUCUAGUGGACUAAAAAGCAGGGUAUAUAACUUUGGUGUUUUUUUUUUUUUUUUUUUUCUUUUAAUAAACUACUCAGCCAGCAUUGUUAAAGACUUCACCAGAAGGUGACAUUUUAAUCACAAGUCUCUCAGUGGGUGUGCUUAUCUGCUUUGCCAAGCUAAGUAAUUUUUGUCUAGUGGUGGGAGCGGGGGGAGAUGUCAUAGUCUCAAGCCAGAACAAUUUCCUCUACAGCUUGUGCACCAUUCGCUCUUUCUGUUGGUUUGUCAAACCUGUACUGUGGCUGUUCUUUAAAUCCAGUCAUCUAGGAGAGGCUAGAUGGAAAAAACCCAAAGGGUAGCCGUCAGAUAUAUCCAGUUCCAGGUGCUGAAAGCCCCCCUGGGUCCCAAAACAGGGACGUGGCCUAAAGCAGAGUGCUGAGGGAAGAAAGAUUUUUUUUUUUAAAUAUACCUCAUAAAUAACUGAUCUCAUGUACUUAAUUUUGAAAGUAUUUAAUACUAGAAUUACAGGCAUGGAUCUGUUUCCUUCCUCCUCCCCCCUCAAAUCUUUAGUGAAUCAAUUUGAAAACUUAAACAGCUCCAAUUUACUCUAAAAAUAAAAGAGAUGAGGGAAAAAAGUUAAUAAACAGAAAAUUAAAAGGGAUUAAAAAUUAAUCCCUGGAAUUCGUUACUUUCAGAGAAACAGAUAAAAGAGAGUGGUAAGAAUCCAGAGUUUUAAACACAUCCAAGCACGAUGACAGAAAUUCUGGUUUUGUGGGCCCGCUCGCAGCUCAGAGGAGGAGCGAGUUGCUCUGCAGUGUCCUGCCGUGUUGGGAAGGACGCUUCUGCAGUGGGAAGCACUAUUUGUCUGCAGGCUUAGGGAAAGGCAGCUGGUGGUUUGUAGGUGCCCAGCAUUGCAUCUCAGAUGGGUUUUCAAAGCAGAGGAGUCCAAGAUUUCAGAGGGAGCUGAACCUCCAGCCUGUCCUGGGUUAGGUGCCAGCUCCAGCACAUGGCAGGGCUGAGCCUGGUGUGCCCACACGAUGGCAGUGACACACCUAGGCCCUUCUCGUGUUCUCUUCAGUUCUCCACAAUUUGAAAUUCUAAAAGCCUUCGCCUGUCCCUUUGUGGCCUCCUGGAAAUCAGAACAUUCAAUAGGCAACCUGCCCGAAACCUGGUUCCGGCACAGGAGAGGAACCGCCUGGUUCCUCAAUGGCUUUCAGACACACGGGAGGAGAAGCAGGAGCUCAGCAGCACCUGCUGCAGGCUCUUUGGCAUGAGCCACUCUCCUCAUAUAGUCACUGCAGAUGCUGUACCCUUCAGGGGACCCUUUUGCCACAUAACUGCUCCUUGCCCAUCUCUGCCUGGGGCUGCCUGCAGGGAAUCACAAGCUCAGAGUAGAGCUGGAUGCUGAGAGCCGUCAGUGGAUCCUAACCCUCCUCAGACCAUUGGGGACAGCAAAGAUGGCUGCCGAGCCUUGCAGGCCCGCGGGUUCACAGGCAUUUGGCCCCACUAACCACCCUCUACUCACUGUUUAGAGGGGGCUGCUGUCACUAGGCAGCCCAAGAAUUAAGCAACCUGCCCACCGCUGGGAUGGGAGUGGUCCGCUCAUGGAUACUGCCUGUGUCAGUUCUUGAGGCAGCUAACACAACAAGAGGACCACACACCUCCACCAAGUCAGUACAGUGACUUGGUCUGAUCUGGUGACUGUCAGUGACACUUCAACCUCAAGUUUUGUUUUUUUUUUCCCUCUCCUCCUUUUUUUUUUUUUCUUUUCCUUUUUCCUGUUGAAAGCUGGCUCUAUCUUGUCCAUUGAGCAUCCCAGUAUAUAAUAGAGAGGCUGCUCAUACCUGUUGUGUAAAUGUAUAAUAUAUAAAAUUAUGUAAUGUCACCACAGAUAUGCUGUCUCAAUAGCAAAUGGAUUCUCCUAGUAAAACUCAAGGCAAACUCACAUCCAAAUUCUUUAUUAUGGAUCUAGGUCUUAAGGUCUGUUUUUUUCCUGCAAAUUAGACUUAGCAUCUCUCACAAGAAGAAUUCAAUUCUGUCUUUUCCUCUUGCUUGGCAGUACCACAAAGUGCAAUUUAUAAAGUCAGUACAGCAUAUUAAAUAUUGAAAGUGCCAUAUUGCAGUGAAUACAAAACUUUGCAGUAGUGUUUCUUUGCACCUUGUUGCAUGUCGGUGUGCUAGAUGAUAGAAAUGAGUAUUUAACAGUACUUUCACACAAAGCUAGAAUUGUCAUUUAUAGAUCAGCAAGUGUUAGAUUAUGGGCUAUGAGGUGAGUUUCAAGACGUUUUAAGCCUGCUGUUCUUACAACCACACCCGUUUGAAGAGAAUAAAUAUUAUAAGCAAAUUUAGCUAAGCCAGGCAGAGAUGAAUAACGAAGUUGGCUUUUCACUUGGAAAAGAGUCUGUUCUAACAACAGGGGAGCUAUUAAAAGCUACCAAGAAACUCAGUGGAGUUAACAUAAAAUAGAUACCUGCUUACAUGGGGGAUGUUUCCAGCCCUGCUGUCGCAGAAUAACAUCUCUACACUUAAAAUAAAACAAGAUUUCUAGUAUAGCCAUUCCACCCCAACUCCCAAAGCAGCUACUGUAUUCUGUAAAAUGGACUUUUACUCAGAAUAAUGAUUGUUUCAGGUUAAGAAUCAGUCUGUCCCACAGCAGCAACAGUAUGGGGAGAUGCAGCAAACCACAUGCACCCAGACAUGCUGCCAACACACCUGUGCCAGGACAUCUCCCUUAGUAGACUAGCCUAUGGAGGAGAGCCAAGACAUAAACUUGCAGUGAGCUCUGAACAAGGCAGUCUGGGGGUUUCCUGAGAGCUCAGCUGGCAGUACCACUGGACUGAAAUGUGUUCCCAGACCUGACAUGGAUGGAUGCACUAUCUAAUCAUGAGAAGAAAAAAAAGUCAUGCCUUUCAGACACUGCUUGUAAAAGCUGUCUAGGAAAGAUCCCAAGCAGAAGAGAAACACUCCACAUGUACCAACACCAGUAUUUUCCAUAUUUGGCCUAAACAACAUAUUUCUUUUCUGGUAUUUCUUUAUUUUGUUAGCUGCCAGGCCAUAGUUCACUCUAUGGAAGGGUAUUUCAUAGUUGUUAAAUGUGAACGGGAAAGGCAACCUGCAAAUGAUCCAGUUUUGGAAGCAAUAGGCUGCGUUUCAAGGCAUAAUAUUCCCAUUUCUCUGACAAAAAUAAACUAACAAAAAACAUUAACUGGACAUUUCUAAUCCUACAAAAAUACAACAGUCACAAAGAAGUAAAGCAGGGAGAAAUGGCUUUGGGAAUGUGUGUGCACACAUAAAGUAUGAAUAAAGAAGGAGAGAAAUGAAAUUUGGAAGCGAGGCAUGUUUCAAAGUAUGAUUUACCCACGUUGAGCAGAAACAACAGUACACAGUAACUUUGCCACUUCCAGAUUGCCUAUAGAAGCCAGAGGGGAAUUUGUGUGGAUAGCAAGACAGACACCAUCUUUCCCAGACAAAGCAAAUUAAAUCAAGGCCAUUUCCAUGCAAAUUUCUAGAGAAAACAGACCCUUUCUCAUAAUGAUUACUAAAACAUGCUAAAUUUGUGCACCAGAUCUAACUUGAUGGUCUUCUGCACUGUUUUCAGUGGGUUAUGAACAGUGAUUCUGAGCAGGUGACUUCUGUGGACACUAUCAGAUCUUCCUGCCGCCAUCUGUUUUAAAUCUCUCCACAUUUCAUUUGGCUAUAAGUAAUACCGAACUGCUUUACACGAUCACUAUCCCAACUGGAUGUUGCUAUCCCCUGCCCAUUUGUGUUUUAAUUAACACUGCAGUCUGAGCUCCUCUGUCAAAUAAGAGCUGACAAAUUGACAAUCGUUAUCCUACUUCUGAUGAGCAUGAACUGUUUUGUAAGUUGUGAAAGGCAGGGUAUUUUUCUAACCCUCUAGACCUGUGAAAACGCAACCUCCCACAGUAAAUGUCAGAGCUACAACUGAAGAACUGAGCACUGUGCAGGCAGCAGAGCACUGGCACAGUCUGCCCAGAGAUGAUGUAGAAACUCCUCCUUGGAGAUCUACAAAAGCCACAUGGACACGGUCCUGAGCACUCAGCUCUGUGUGGCUUUGCUGGGGGGUUGGACCAGACGGAUCCCAGAGGUCUCUGCCAACCUCAACCAUUCAGUGAUUCCGUGAUAUUUAUUUUUAUUUUUAUUUUCAGUUUAGCCUUCUGCAAGACUUGUUUCCUUAGAGGUUGUUUCUCUAUUUAAGAGAGACGAAGAACAAAAGUAUACUUAAUGCCUACAGCCUUGUGCAUUGCUCCAGGAAGGGAAAAACACAGCAGCCAACUCCACGCUUUAAUGCCAGUCGUUCCUCUCAGCAGUUUUAUUUAGGCACAGCUGAGACAAUCUUGAUCCUGCCCAUCAUUUUGCAAUAUUAUACUUUUCAGCCCAGACCUGCACUCAUCAUAUACGAAACACUUCCCGGAACAGUUCAUAAAUUCAGCAGGAGGUAUCCAAAAGCCUUGUCUGGAGUUACAAGGAGUUCAAGAGUCAGAGAGCCGGGAAUUUCAGGCAGAACUGAAAAUGAAUUGCACAGGGUGGGAAUUGGGGGGAGGCAAUCACUCACAUGCAAGGCAGGCCCACGGCACUUAAAAGCCACAAAGCUGUCACAUUAUACAUAGAGUUGCUAGAUUUCAAAGGAGCUUUUACAGAAGUUGCUCUUAUUUUUUUUCCUGCAUGUCUUCUUU